AUGAAUUUCAUUUCAGAGGCACUGGGAUCACAGAGUCAGCACUCUAGAACAAAGAAAGAUCAGCAAAGCUUAGAAACCAAAUUUCAACUCUAUACAGACACAACUGGAGAAGCAUGUCAGAUUUUGUUUAAUCAGUUGGAGACUCUUGACAAAUGCAGUUUCAAUGCCUCUCUUCCUCUCGUGAUGAUAGUCCAUGGCUGGUCGGUGGAUGGUAUUUUAGAAAGUUGGAUUUGGAAAAUGGCAGCAGCUCUGAAAUCUCAGCGUAAACAACUUAACGUGAUCAUUGCAGAUUGGCUUACAUUUGCCCACCAGCACUACCCCAUUGCUGUACAGAAUACACGCUACAUAGGACAGGAGAUAGCAGACUUUGUGGAAUGGCUGGAAGAAUCCAUUCAGUUUUCCAGGAGCAAUGUUCAUCUAAUUGGGUACAGCCUAGGAGCUCAUGUUUCAGGGUUUGCUGGUAGUUACAUCAGCGGUACGAACAAGAUUGGAAGAAUUACAGGCCUUGACCCCGCUGGCCCCUUGUUUGAAGGAAUGUCACCAACAGACCGGUUAUCUCCAGAUGAUGCAAACUUCGUAGAUGCCAUUCAUACGUUCACUAAACAGCACAUGGGUCUCAGUGUUGGCAUCAAACAGCCUGUGGCCCAUUUCGAUUUUUAUCCCAAUGGAGGCACCUUUCAGCCUGGUUGUCACUUCAUGCAUGUGUAUAACCACAUUGCACAAUAUGGGAUCACUGGUAUCACACAAACUGUGAAAUGUGCCCACGAGAGGUCAGUUCACUUGUUCAUUGACUCCCUGCUUCAUGAGGACAAGCAAAGCACAGCGUACUGGUGCAAUGACAUCAACACUUUUGACAAAGGAUUGUGCCUCAGCUGUAGGAAGAACCGGUGCAAUACCCUGGGCUACAACAUACGGGAGGAAAGGCUCCCAAAAAGUAGAAAACUCUUUUUGAAAACAAGAGCACGCAUGCCUUUCAAAGUCUAUCACUACCAGUUCAAGAUCCACUUCAUAAAUGAAAUCCAAGGCAAGAAGAUAGACCCAAGUUUUACCAUGUCUCUGACAGGCACUAAGGAGGAUGCUAAAAACUUGCCCAUCACAAUAGUUGAAGGAAUUAAUGGGAAUAAAACCUACUCUUUUCUCAUCACACUGGACACUGAUAUUGGUGAGCUACUAAUGAUCAAGUUUAAAUGGGAAGGAACUGCAGUUUGGAAAAAUAUCUGGGACAAGUUUCAAACCAUAAUGCCAUGGACAAAAGGCACUCGUCGACCAGGGCUCAUAGUGAAGACAAUACGAGUGAAAGCAGGGGAAACACAGCAAAAAAUGACAUUUUGCUCUCAAAGUAUUGACAACAUCCACCUUUAUGCAGCCCAAGAGAAAACAUUUGUGAGAUGUGAAGAUCGAUUCCGGCAACAAGAAAGAAAGUGAGCAAGAAGAAAAACCAACUAAUAAGCAAAAUAUAUAAAAAAUAGCACACAUCUAGUAAGAUGUUUUAAAAA